AUGAGGUGCAUGCCUGGUGCCAUCCAUUCCAUCCAUGCCAUCCAUGUCAUCCAUGUCUUCCAUGUCAUCCAUGUCAUUCAUGCCAUCCAUGCCAUCAUCAUUGCGGCGGGCGGUGGAGAGGACGACAAGACGAGGCCCACGGGCGCUACGCCAGGCAUCGCUAGUGCGUCCUUCGGCCAAACGUACUUGCGUGUCCGGCGUAUCGCUGCGAGCAUCGCCAUCGCCAUCGCCAUCGCCAUCACCAAGCGGCAGCAAACACGCGCAACAACAUCUGCCCCGGAGCCCGUCCGCACCCCUGCAUCCGCCGCCGCUGCCGUCCCUCCAGCUCCAGCUCCAGCUCCAGCUCCAGCUCCAGCUCCAGCUCGCCCCUGCGACCCAACCCAGCCUCACCUCACUACUGCCACCCUCCCCGCGCAACCACCUCCGCCGCUGGCGCCCGCCACCACCAUGGCGCUCGAUACCUUCUUCCACAACAAGAUCGAGGCAAUGAAGCUCGAGAUCAUCCAGGGCCAGGCCAAGCUGCGUCGUCUCGAAGCCCAGCGCAACGACUACAACUCUCGCGUGCGGUUACUACGGGAGGAGCUCGGUCUGCUCCAGCAGCCUGGCUCCUACGUCGGUGAGGUCGUCAAGGUCAUGGGCACAAAAAAGGUCCUUGUCAAGGUGCACCCAGAAGGCAAAUACGUUGUCGACAUUGCCGAUAACGUCGACGUCAGCAAACUCACAGCCGGCAAGCGCGUCACCCUCCUCAGCGACUCAUACAAGCUCGAAAAGCUCCUGCCAUCCUCCGUCGACCCCCUCGUUUCGCUCAUGAUGGUCGAAAAGGUGCCAGACAGCACGUACGACAUGAUUGGUGGCCUGGACCAGCAGAUCAAGGAGAUCAAGGAAGUCAUCGAGCUGGGCCUGCAACAUCCAGAGCUUUUCGAGUCGCUCGGUAUCGCGCAACCAAAGGGCGUCCUGUUGUACGGCCCGCCAGGAACAGGAAAGACGCUACUUGCCCGUGCUGUAGCCCAUCACGCCGACUGCAAGUUCAUCCGUGUGUCAGGAAGUGAGUUGGUGCAAAAGUACAUUGGUGAGGGAAGCCGAAUGGUUCGAGAACUCUUCAUCAUGGCCCGAGAACACGCACCCAGCAUCAUCUUCAUGGACGAGAUCGACAGCAUUGGGUCAAGCCGUGUGGAAGGAAGCUCAGGCGGUGACUCGGAGGUACAGCGUACCAUGUUGGAGCUGCUCAACCAGCUCGACGGUUUCGAGCCAACAAAGAACAUCAAAAUCAUCAUGGCGACCAACCGUCUGGAUAUCCUAGACCCCGCCCUGCUGCGACCCGGACGUAUCGACCGAAAGAUCGAGUUCCCACCGCCAACCGUAGAAGCGCGUGCUGAUAUCCUGCGCAUUCACUCCAGGAGCAUGAACUUGACCCGCGGCAUCAAUCUAACCAAGAUUGCGGAGAAGAUGAAUGGAUGCUCAGGCGCUGAGCUGAAGGGUGUGUGCACCGAGGCUGGUAUGUAUGCCCUCAGAGAGAGGAGAGUGCACGUCACGCAGGAAGAUUUCGACCUGGCGACAGCCAAGGUGUUGAACAAGCACGACGACAAGGCUACCAGUCUGAGCAAGCUGUGGAAGUAG